AUGGCGACGCAGAAGCAGCCUGGCCAGAUUGAUCUCGGGCAGCUGCCGGUGCCGCAGCUCCAGGAGUUGAAACAACAGCUCGACCGCGAAUUGGAGCAUCUGACCACCUCCUUCCAAUCCCUACGCACCGCUCAGUCUAAAUUCCGCGACUGUAUAAACUCGAUAUCGCAAGGUGUCAACCCUGGGACCGCCGACAAGUCACUUCUCGUCCCGCUCACUUCUUCCCUAUACGUUCCUGGUCGCCUCACUUCCUCUACGCACGUACUUAUCGAUAUUGGCACCGGCUUCUUCGUCGAGAAGAGUGUCGAGGAUGCGACCGACUUCUAUAACCGCAAGGUGAAGGAUUUACAGGACAGUUUGAAAGAUCUGGAAGGCGUGGUCAACCAGAAGGCAAACAACGUGAGGAUGGUGGAAGAGGUCAUAAGGGUCAAGGUUCUGAGCGCACAGGAGCAAAGCCAGAAGGAGGGAGCAGGCAGCUGA